UAAAACGUAACCCCGCUGUGAUCGUGUAAUUUAGGCCGUGUGUCUACUGGAGUUAUCGUACUUUCAGAUGAGCGGAGCUGCCGCUCCCAGCACUUAUGUCAUAGACGCGCGCCAGGAGCAAAUCCAGAUACUUUUCAGACGUUAAUUUUGCCAUUUUCUGGUUCAAAAGCUCUGGGAAUUUUUCCUCGUUUGCUGAAACAGCAGCAGUGGCGGCGGCCUCUGUAUGCAGCCCGGGCUCAAUGGCGUCGGACACCAGCGACACGGAGGAGUUUUACGAUGCGGCGGAGGAUGUUAACUUCAUUCCCUCACCUCAUGCGUCACUGGCAAAGUUUGAACUUCCUCUGCCUGGGGGUCCUGCAGAGAAUGUGGUACAACACAAUUUUCUUACUGUCCCUCUUUCUGAUUGUUGUUUCCAGAUCAUUGACAGUAUUAUUGAAGAGAGUAAGAAAAGUGGAGUGGAAGAUCAGCUGUUGAGAGGAGAGGAGGCCUGUGCUGCCACAUCUGAAGGGGAGAGGGCAGGAACAGAAGGUUGCAGUGUUAAAGAAAACCUGGUUCCUGAGGGCGCCUUGGUGCUUCCAGAGGAUCCUGAUGUAACACCAAAUGAGUUGGGUUGCAUUGAGCAGUUGCCUGAUGUAAGGCCGAAGGAAGUGAGAUCACAAGACAUUCAGGACAGAGCACCGGAUGUGGCUGGUCAUGACCAGGCUAUACCACCUCCUCCUGACAUUACAAGCGCUUUGGGUCAACCAUUGCAACCCACCUCCCUGCCUUCUGCAGAAACGGCUGAUAUCGAUAUUCUUGAGCAGGUCCCUAUGAGUGAUGCAGAUGGCCCUGGCCCUUCCAAACCUCCCAGACAGUUUACAGUGGAGCCAGAUAUUGUAGCUAGCACCAAGAAGCCGCCACCCUCAAGGCCACCUCCGCCCACUGGGGCUCCACCUCCAAGGCCGCCUCCCCCCUCACGGCCCAGCUUUUCAGCUAAAAAAUCCCAGGAAGUGAUGCGACCAGCAGGGCUAGAAAUCUCCAUAGAGCCAGCGGAUGAGCUGUGUGGUUUGGUCAGCCCAAACGCCACAGCACGAUGUAUUGCUAAAGAACUCCAGCACCUACUGGACCUCGCUAGCGCCACAAGUGGUGAUAAAGUGGUCACUGCACAGGAAAAUGAUGAGCAAACAUCAAGUCCUACUGGAAGCGAGACUGCUGGACCGCAAAGACCAAGGUCUAACUCAGGAAGAGAGCUUACAGAUGAGGAGAUUCUUGCAAGCGUGAUGAUCAAGAAUCUGGACACUGGUGAGGAGAUCCCUUUGAUCCAGGCAGAAGAGAAACUCCCGACUGGAAUCAACCCGCUCACACUGCACAUCAUGAGGAGAACCAAGGAGUAUAUCUCAAAUGAUGCGGCGCAGUCUGAUGAUGAUGAAAAGUCCCAGCCUGCACUUAUAGACACAGAUGGAGGGAAACUGAAACAGAAAACUACACAGCUGAAAAAGUUUCUGGGCAAGUCUGUGAAGAGGGCGAAGCACUUGGCGGAGGAAUAUGGAGAGAAAGCUGUAAAUAAAGUCAAAAGCGUUCGGGAUGAAGUGUUCCACACAGACCAGGAUGACCCAUCCUCCAGUGAUGAUGAGGGGAUGCCGUACACCCGACCGGUCAAGUUUAAAGCUGCUCACAGCUUUAAAGGGCCCUUUGACUUUGACCAAAUCAAAGUAGUGCAGGACCUGAGUGGAGAACACAUGGGUGCCGUCUGGACAAUGAAAUUCUCUCAUUGUGGGCGGCUGUUGGCUACAGCAGGGCAGGAUAAUGUGGUUCGGAUCUGGGUCCUAAAAAAUGCCUAUGACUACUUCAACAAUAUGAGAAUAAAAUAUAACACAGAAGGACGUGUGUCACCAUCUCCCUCACAAGAGAGUCUUUGUUCCUCAAAAUCAGAUACUGAAGGAGGGUUUGGUGCUGCAGUGGAAGAUGCAGACACUGAGGACAGAAAUGUGCCAUUCCGGCAAGUUCCGUUCUGCAAGUACAAGGGUCACACUGCUGACCUGCUGGAUCUGUCCUGGUCCAAGAACUACUUCUUGCUGUCAUCAUCAAUGGAUAAGACGGUUCGUUUGUGGCACAUUUCUAGGAGGGAGUGUCUCUGCUGUUUUCAGCACAUAGACUUUGUGACAGCCAUCGCAUUUCAUCCCAGGGAUGACAGGUAUUUUUUGAGUGGUUCUUUGGAUGGAAAGUUGCGGUUAUGGAAUAUUCCAGAUAAGAAAGUGGCACUGUGGAAUGAGGUGGACGGACAGACGCGUCUGAUAACAGCAGCUAACUUCUGCCAGAAUGGAAAAUAUGCCGUUAUUGGCACCUACGAUGGACGCUGCAUUUUCUAUGACACAGAGCGCCUUAAAUAUCACACCCAAAUCCAUGUCCGCUCCACGAGAGGCAGGAAUCGUGUGGGCCGCAAAAUCACCGGUAUUGAGCCGCUGCCAGGAGAGAACAAGAUCUUGGUGACGUCAAACGACUCUCGCAUUCGUCUGUAUGACCUCAGAGAUUUGUCUCUGUCUAUGAAGUACAAAGGCUAUGUGAACAGCAGCAGUCAGAUCAAAGCCAGCUUCAGUCACGAUUACUCUUUCAUUGUGAGCGGCUCGGAGGACAAGUAUGUGUACAUCUGGAGCACAUACCACGACCUGAGCAAAUUCACCUCUGUACGGAGAGACCGCAAUGACUUCUGGGAAGGGAUCAAAGCUCAUAAUGCCGUGGUUACUUCAGCUAUUUUUGCUCCACAUCCGGAUCUCAUCGUGCCUCAGGAGGCUGGGACAGAGAAACCAGACACGGACUUUAAGAGUGACAGCACAGAUGACUCUGAGACCAUCCCAUCAGGGGCCCUAAAAACAGACCACUCUGAAGUUUUGCUGUCUGCGGAUUUCACUGGAGCCAUUAAAGUUUUUGUCAAUGUUAAGAAAUACUGAGUGCUUGUGCUCAAUAUGACAACCAGGAAGUAUAUAGAAUUGAUUUUAAAAGCUCCUCUAAGCUUUUGGACAGAGCUAAAAAAAAAAUCAGUGCCACUUUACACCUAACUGAGCCCCCAUUCAUUGACCAAUCAGCUGCUGGAGAGUGCUCUGGGAGGCAGAGAUUAUAAGCCCCGCCUUAUAUGCAGAGAACAGGGACCCAGGAAGUUGGAAGGUGGAGACGGUUGAGAAGCAGGGACAAAUGUCAUUACAGCUAUACGCCUCUUUCUUUACCUUCCUUUCUUUUUAAAUCAUCUGAAGAGGUUUUGUUGUAUUGUUACUGUAUGUUCAAAAAGGGCUUUAAUUUGCAGAGCAAUGAUGCCAUUUUAAUGAAUGAGUGAAACCGCAAGCCUGUAUGGAGACAGAAUGGAUAUGGGAGCCCUUUAAACACACACACAAACACACACACACAGACUUGAAUUCCCUCCCACACACUCUAACCCCAAAGUCAAUGUUUCUGGAAAACACAAAAUCUCACAUUUCCAACAUGAGCACUAACUGAACUCAUUUCAAUUUAAGAAUCUUUGUCAGUGUUAUUUUAUGUUGUAAAAAAUAAUUGAACAUGAUUUUUUUUAUGUGUAUGAUUCCAGAAAUAAAAA